UGUGAAGACAUCGGAUCUUUGGGAGAGAUAGGCGCAUUGACACCUUGAAUCGCAAAUCUCUUUAAUAAUCAUUGUUUUUUAAAAUAGUUGUUUCCUUUAGUAAUUGUUUUUAUUUUCUGUCAAUUAAAUUUGAAAACUUGGUAAGGAGUAAAUUAACAAACGCUGAUAUUGUAGUCAGAAGGGUAAAUUAGCUAAUCUAUUUACUGACGAUAAUUAGCUUUUAGUAACUGGUAAACUCAAAAUCGUUUCUAUUAAAAAAAAAAAACGAAUUAUUAAACUAUCCAGGCGUACUGGCAGUUCCACAUCUCAUAUUUAAUCUACUGCUUUUUAUCAAAGUGUGAUUUCCAAGAUUGACUGGUUUUCGGCUAAACUUGGAAUGCUGUGGUGAAUAAAAUCGCGAGGCUGUUUUCCAAGAGCGCGAAACUCUGAAAGCUCGUGACUGAAACGCCGUGAAAGGGUAAAAUUUGUUAGCUGUCUAGUAGCUAAAUACUACAUUAAGUUAAUCAGAUCAAUCAUUAACCUGUUUAACGUUUUUGAUUUUUUGUGUAACAUACUACCGCUUUAUAUAUAAGUUAGCUAGGCGACUACCGCAAGUGAAACGUUAACUGGCACACAUUAUCUUGUCGUUCAGCGCCUUAGUUUAUAGUCUGCAAUAAUUAGCCACUUCGUUCGCUAGCUAUGUCAGUGACCUGUAAAAUUGAGCCUGGGUCGUCCCCACCAGGGUUGUACACUGCAGUCCCGGUCGAAGUAACCGUGAGCCACGAGUGCACUGUGUCAAGUGCCCCGUGCUCAGAUCAGGGGAUGGUUCUCAACUCUGUUUCGGAACUGAAUUUGGUGGAGAUGACAGACGUGGAGUACACACAUCUCCAGCAUAUCAUCUAUUCGCAAAUUGAGGCACAGUCAGCGGAGCAGGAAGGGUCGGGAGACGCCAGAUUAAAUUCAGGCUACCCCGUAAGCAGUCCGGCGGCCAUUCAAACAGUGUUUCCAAGUGCUGAUCCGCACAGUGAAGUCGAGUACGCGACCAAAACUCCCAGUCCCGCCGUGGGUCAGUCGAAUGCCCCAUCAUCGGAAUCACAGUACCUAUUGAGUUCAGACCAGCAAAGUGAUUUCCAGGAGAUUAAAAUGAUUCUGAUGGGCGAGCCUGUCCACUUGCCGGAGCGGACACCGACUACAUGUGGAGAAGUCCCCGGACCUGUAUUGGCAAAAGUCAGAAACGUGAUGGAGACCAGCGAGCACAGAGUGGCUUCUGAGACGAGACUUAAUCCUGCCGCCCGAGUGCGUUUGGAGAAGCGGUUUAACUGCAGCCCGUGCGAAGUCUCCCGACAACAGGACUCCCUUCAUGACCAACCUACAGCUCUGAGCAGCGUUUUCUCAAAACUCCAUCAUCCCACGGAGUUAUUCGGCGUUGCUGUGCAGCCACAGGCAAGCAAAUGUCUGAAGCUUGGCCGGCCUAAACCUGCAGUGCCGCGGCAGGUGGAGUUUCCUUAUCCGGUAUACGGAAGGAACGUGUGCAACUCAAUGGUCGGUUUGCCUCAAGCGCAGGUGGGUAUUGGAUCCAUCUCCCAUAUUCUGGAAUCUGCAAAGCACCAGGAUCUGAUCAUGCCCCGAAACUUCAGCUUCAGUUACCAGCAGGAUGCAGGGUUGGAAAAGACAGCGCUGUGCGAUGAGAACAAGCAGGCUAUUGAAUCCGAAGUUUGGAUUAAGAUGGAGGGAAGAGAGGAGCUGAGGAAACCUAUGCCCCCUGCCAGACGUGGGCGGGGCAGGAGGAGGCAGACAUGCCCUCAGCGCCACGCCCUCAAUGACAUCCAGAACGCAGUGGUGGGCAUCGGCCACAAGGCCAGCUUGAAGCCCGAGGAGGCUGGUGAGAAUUCACAAAGGAGGGAGAGACACAACAUUAUGGAGCGAGAUCGCAGGCGGAGGAUUCGUAUCUGCUGUGAUGAGCUGAACAUGCUGGUGCCGUUUUGCAACCGAGACACGGACAAGGCCACCACCCUGCAGUGGACCACCGCCUUUCUCAAAUACAUCAAGGAGAUCCAUGGGGACAGUCUCAAAAUGGAGUUUCAGAACACUUUCUGUGGUAAGACAGGGAAGCGCAUCAAGCUUGCCACAGUGGGCGACCAGUUUUCUGGGCUGAAAGAGACUGUGAACCCAGCAUGCAUUGCACCUGCUGACCAUUAAUAAAUCAACCUGAACAAAUAUGACAUGACAUUAUCAUAUCUAAUGUCACUUAUUUUAUCUGGAGGAAACACUGUUGCCAGUAAAAUGUAACUGCCGAAUAGAGAACCUUUUUUGUAUUUAGUUUGCCCGCAGAAAGCACCUGUCUCCUUUUAAAAUGGCUUGUAACACCUGUAGAAAUGUAUGUCAGAGAGGCUGAUAAAACUGAUUAGGCAAACCACAAAAUUCACUACUACUCUUAUUUCUCCAGUGUUUCUCCAGAGCACUUAAGAAUGUUGCUGCAAUCAUAUGUUUUAUAUUAAUGACCUUAAAAUGAGUAUUUGGUUUGUAACUGCAUUGGAGCUUUUAAAUUCAGAUAACUAGAGUUUUUUAGCCACAUAAUACAGUGAGCCGGAAUAUAAUAUGGUCAUGGCUUGAAUAUUCCGCCUAAGCUGUCUUAAGUUCUGUGCAUGUCUGAGAUGUUUAAUUGAGCAGCAACCAUGCAGUCAACCUCAGGAUAUUAUUUAUUUUUUAUUCAUUUUUAAAAAAGAAAAAAAUAUUUAUUUUGUGUGCUAAUUUUGCUCGGUGAUACCGUUGUUGGUCUCAUGGUUCACUUGAUCAAAACAAACCCGUUAGAUUAAAAAGAAACAUUCUAAUAUACUUUCUGAAAGGUAUUUGUAGAAAAAAAUUACUCUAUACUGCAGCUGCUGUGUUACUGGAAGCAGAUAAUUUUUUUCUCAUUACAAUUCGGCAAUAUUAAACAGACAAACCCUGUGAGUGUAUCCAUUGUUUUACAGAAACAGGUGAACAUAUCAAGCAAAUGUGCUACAAUGUGGGUGGAAUUCCAUAACAAAAAACAUUAUAUAUAGUCAUAUGCAUCUUAUUCUAUGUUACAUGUUAUGUGCAUUUAAAAUAAUGCAGACCAGAUUCAGUGGGUAUUUGUCCUAUGUGGCAGUAAAUGUUUCACAAUUGCGAUUUUUGGUUAAUUAAAAUAUUAGAUAUGGUUUACAGUUGUAAAUAGUAUACUGAGCUUUUUAUUUAUUACUUGAGAUUGCUGCUUUUGAAUGGACAGCAUAAGGAAUCGUUAACUGACAUGGGUUCUUAAUAUUUCUGUGAAGUUUGUAUCUUCCUAUUACUUUCAAUAAAAUUUCACUGGUUUGCUGA